UCUUCGCUCACACAGAGAGAGAGAGAGCGAGCGACGAGAAGGAGAAAUGGCAGCAACAGUUUCGUGUUCAUGGCUCACCCUUCCCUCCAAAAUCAGAAACUUUUCUCUCACUUCUUCUUCUUCCUCUUUUUCCAUCUCCAAUUCCUCUUCUCUCAGUUUCUCUACAAACCUCUCUCUGUCUCUCUUCUCUCAAGGUAGGUGCUUGUCGUUGAGCACGGUUCAGAAACGUGGAUUUGUGGUGUGCGAAGCUGCUCCAAAGAAAAAGGUUGAUUCUGCAGUGAAGAGAGCUCGUCAAGCUGAGAAACGCCGCAUCUACAACAAAGCUCGCAAAUCAGAGAUUAAAACCCGUACCAAGAAGGUUUUGGAAGCUCUGGAAGUGCUUAAGAAGAAACCGGAUGCACAGGCUGAAGAAAUCUUCCCAAUUGAGAAGAUGAUUGGAGAGGCAUACUCAAUAAUUGACAAAGCAGUGAAAGUGGGCACACUGCACAGGAACACUGGAGCAAAUCGCAAGUCUCGGCUUGCCAGAAGAAAGAAGGCGGUGGAGAUCCAUCAUGGCUGGUAUACCCCAGUUCCUGAAGCCAGUGCCUAAAACAAUCCUCAUGUUAAGUUCACAUUGAGU